AUGUCCACUCCUCCCCUCCCGCCCCUCUUCCAAACCCCCGAACUCUUCGAACUAAUCCUCCUCAACCUCGACACCAAAACCCUCCUCCUCGCCCAACGCACCUCCACGCACUGGCGCACCUUCAUCGCAACCUCCAAACCCCUCCAACGCAAGCUCUUCUUCCUCCCCACCACCACCUUCACGGACCUGCACACCCUCCACCUCCUGCACCCGGCGGACUCGGCCAAGUUCAACAUCCUCGACGCUACGUCGAAUAGGUGCAAGUGGCUGCAGCAGGUGGUUGUGCUGAAUGAUUUGCUGUUUGAUACGAGUCGGGAGUGGCGGCUUAGGUCUGUUGGGUAUGCACAACCCUCGCAAAUUCAAACUCCCUCCCGAGUCGUCCCGUCCUGGAAGAACAUGCUCCUCACCCAACCCCCGCCCUCGACGGGCAAAGGCGACGUGAUGUUCUGGUUCGAAGACCGCCACGACAACGACGAGUUAUGCCAGGACGUCGAUACGAUGGGGGCCAUGAUGGAGAGGGUGUAUGCGAAGGGGUGUGAGGUGGAUUGGGGCAGUGCCGGGGUGAGGCCGGUGAAGCAUCCGGUGGACGGGGGGUAUUAUGGGCGGUUGUUGGCGAGGAGGAGGGAGGAGGAGAGGGAGGCGGAGGCGGAGGAGGAGUUGGAGGUGGUGGUUUGGGAGGGGGAGGGGAAGGGAAUGGGUGGAAAUGGGGAGGUGGGGUUGAGGGAGAGGGAGAGGGAGGGGCCGGUGGUGUCGUCUUCGUCGUCGUCGUCGGAGCUUGGGGAGAGUGAUGGUGUUUGA